AUGCCGCUGUGGGGCCCCCGGGUGCAGGCUGAGCUCACAGCCGCAGCUGUCCCGUCAGGUGGACAGAAACACCGGCUCAGCGUCUCGCUCCACCUUUUCCCCGCCCGCCCGCCCGCCGCGAAGCGGAACUUCCGUUUGGUUUCCAAGCAACGGGCUGCGGCUGCUCGCGCCUGCGCAGAUGGCGGCGGACGGCGCGCCCGAGUGGUGGGCUUGAUCCAAGCGGCUGGUCCGCGGCCCCUUCUUCCGCCUGCCGGGCUCAGAGCCUCUCAGAGGCCUCCCCGCCUGGCACGUCGCCUGUGCCGCCUGCGCCCCCCGGGACCCCUGGGACCCCUGGGACCCCCGGCUCUGCCCCCGGACCCCCGGCUCUGCCCCCGGGACCCCCGGCUCUGCCCCCGGACCCCCGGCUCUGCCCCCGGGACCCCCGGCUCUGCCCCCGGACCCCCGGCUCUGCCCCCGGGACCCCCGGCUCUGCCCCCGGACCCCCGCCCGCCCCCGGGACCCCCGCCCGCCCCCGGGACCCCCGCCCGCCCCCGGGACCCCCGGCUCUGCCCCCGGGAUCCCGCCCGCCCCCGGGACCCCCGCCCGCCCCCGGGACCCCCGCCCGCCCCCGGGACCCCCGCCCGCCCCCGGGACCCCCGGCUCUGCCCCCGGGACCCCCGCCCGCCCCCGGGACCCCCGGCUCUGCCCCUGGGACCCCGCCCGCCCCCGGGACCCCCGGCUCUGCCCCCGGGACCCCCGCCCGCCCCCGGGACCCCUGUCCGUCCUCAGGACCCCUGUCUGCCCCCCGGGACCCCUGGCUCUGUCCCCGGGACCCCCGUCUGCCCUCGGGACCCCCCGGCUCUGCCCCCGGACCCCCGGCUCUGCCCCCGGGACCCCCGCCCGCCCCCGGGACCCCGCCCGCCCCCGGGACCCCCGGCUCUGCCCCCGGGACCCCCCGGCUCUGCCCCCGGGACCCCGCCCGCCCCCGGGACCCCCGGCUCUGCCCCCGGGACCCCCGCCCGCCCCCGGGACCCCCGCCCGCCCCCGGGACCCCCGGCUCUGCCCCCGGGACCCCGCCCGCCCCCGGGACCCCCGGCUCUGCCCCCGGGACCCCCGCCCGCCCCCGGGACCCCCGGCUCUGCCCCCGGGACCCCCGGCUCUGCCCCCGGGACCCCGCCCGCCCCCGGGACCCCCGGCUCUGCCCCCGGACCCCCGCCCGCCCCCGGGACCCCCGGCUCUGCCCCCGGACCCCCGCCCGCCCCCGGGACCCCCGGCUCUGCCCCCGGGACCCCCGGCUCUGCCCCCGGACCCCCGCCCGCCCCCCGGGACCCCCGGCUCUGCCCCCGGGACCCCCGCCCGCCCCCGGGACCCCUGUCCGUCCUCAGGACCCCCGUCUGCCCUCGGGACCCCUGGCUCUGUCCCCGGGACCCCUGGCCGCCCCCGGGACCCCCGGCUCUGUCCCCGGGACCCCUGCCCGUCCUCAGGACCCCUGUCCGCCCCCGGGACCCCUUCCUGUCCUCAGGCUGCCCAUGCACCCCCUCGCUCUCAUAG